UUAUAUAAGUUUGUUCAUUUCCUUAUUGUUUUCAAUUAAUAAAUAGUUUACGGUUAAUAAACUGGUUUGUAGUUGUUAUACAUUGGGAUCAAUUAUUAUUAUAUAUAAUGGUUUCUGUCAAUUUCAUUUCUGCUGUAGCAUUAUCUUUAUUAUCCCUUAGUUCAAAGGUUAAUGCAUUUGAUUUACUUAGGGAUGAACAAGGAUAUGCUAUUUUACCUCCAACUGAAUUGGUUAUUAAACAUUUAGCUGAUUUAGAAGCUGAAGAAGAUCCUUCUGAAUAUACUGUUGUUACAACUAUUCAUAAAAAUGGUGAAGUUGUUAAAGUCAAUUUAAACACUCAUGAAAUUCAACAAACUGGUUUAUAUAAGAGAAAUUAUGAUACUAGUGCUUAUUAUACUGAAGAAGCUAGUGGUGUUUUCAAGAGAGAUAUUCAAAACACCUCUGGUUUCUGUUUCAAUGAAGAUGCCGACUUUGGUAUUUCCCAAUGUACUUUUGAUUUUGUUGCUUAUGACUCUCCAUCAAACUGUACUGCUCUUGGUGCUCAAUAUUAUUCAUGUGUCUUAGAUUUAGAAAAGAUUCAAGAUUCUACUCAAAGAUUAAAGAAUAUGGUUCCAAAUCCUGCUCAAACUAGAUGUUUCAAGAGUUUAGAUAAAGCUAUUGCAGCCAAUGCAGCUAAUGGAGCUUGCGGUAAGUAAUUACAUUUGAUCUUCUUUUUAAGUCUAUUUUGUUAAUUUUUAAUUACAAAUAUUUAAUUAUAUAUAAAUCUUAUAUAUGUAAAUGUGAAAUGUAUAUGUACA